UCGGAUUAAAACCGGAAAAAGGUGUCACAAAGACAAGGUUCCCCUGUCAAAAGCGACGUGAAUGCUUUUGCAGUUUCGGGACGCAUAUUUUUUAUAAAGAGAAUCUCUCUUUUAAUUUGUAAUCUUUUUUUACAGGUCAAAAGGUUUAAUCAUGGCUUCUCGUGGAAAAUCGGAAACCAGUAAGUUAAAACAAAACAUGGAAGAGCAGCUGGACAGACUAAUGCAGCAGCUCCAAGACCUUGAAGAGUGCAGGGAGGAGCUGGAUCCGGAGGAGUACGAAGAGACAAAGCGCGAGACUUUGGAGCAGCUCAGCGAGUUCCACGACUCACUAGAGAAAAUCCUGUCUGGGAACAUGACUCUAGUGGACGAACUUGGUGGGAUGCAGCUGGCAAUCCAAGCUGCCAUUAGCCAGGCUUUCAAGACCCCCGAAGUUAUCAGACUGUUUGCCAAGAAACAGCCAGGGCAGCUAAGGACCCGGCUGGCUGAGAUGGACCGUGAUGUCAUGGUGGGGAAGCUUCCCAGGGGGACGUACACGCAGCAGAAAGUGGAAAUCCUCAUGGCGCUUAGGAAACUGGGGGAGACGCUUCCAGCAGAAGAUGAAACGUUUCUCACUGCAAAUGCAAGUGGCUGCCUGAGCCAGUUUGAGAAGGUCACAGUAGGGCUUGGUUCAGAAGAUAAGAUUCUUGCCUUGGCUUCAUCUGGUGUGAAGGCGAAAACGUAAGCUGGAGCAUGAAGGCCUCUUCUAUUGCCGGGAUUGAAUUGUCUUUGGUACAGAUUGUUGGGGCUGAUUUUAUUUCAUUGUGGAAUGUCGUCUAUUUGGUGGAAAAAGAGCAGGAUAAAGUCACGCCAGAACCUCGCUUUUCUGUCCGUUCCCAUAAGCUGUGGUUUGCCACACUGGACACUUUUCUUUAUAAAUAAAUGUCUUGCAUAGGUGGACGGAGCAGAUCUGUGCAGUGGUGGGUGAGCAAAUCCUGCAGCAUUUUGAUAUUGUCGUCUAGGUAUUAAACUAACGGAGGGAAACUGGAGCCACUUUCUUUUAUCUGACAAGAUAAAAUGGUGGCAGUUAGAAGCUACCGUGUCCAUCCCCCCCCCCCCCCCAUUCAUGUACAAAAAGGUACACAGCAGCUGUUUUAAUGUUGUCUUGGGCUAUAAAACUGUUUUUCAGGAACAUUAGCAUUUCCUCUUAAACUGUAAUAUUUCCAAAUACCUCGUAACAGGCGUUUUUAGCCUAGGUUUGGUGUGUCUAUACUUUUAUUGGCGAUAAUAUCCAGUGUCAGUUUUUCAGUACAGAUUCUUUUUUAUUAAGCAGUCAUUUUUAGAACACUUUUAAUGCUUGGCCAUCUUGUCUGCUUUCACGUCUAAACAGAUACAAAGAUGCAACUUCUGUGUUGUGCGAGGAAAAAAAAAAACUAAAUGUCAAUAUGCAUUUUAAUUAAAGAUUUUGUAAACUGUC